UGGAGUUACAGUAAACCCCCCCCCCCCCUCCACCCCCCACAGCCGCCGGGUCUCUGCGCGCCGCGGACAGAUAUGUAUUCUCCGCUAUGCCUGACCCAGGAUGAAUUCCAUCCUUUCAUCGAAGCGCUGCUGCCCCACGUCCGGGCCUUCGCCUACACCUGGUUCAACCUGCAGGCCCGCAAGAGGAAGUACUUCAAGAAGCACGAGAAGCGCAUGUCCAAGGAGGAGGAGCGCGCCGUGAAGGACGAGCUGCUCAGCGAGAAGCCGGAGGUCAAGCAGAAGUGGGCGUCCCGCCUGCUGGCCAAGCUGCGUAAGGACAUCCGGCCCGAGUUCAGGGAGGACUUUGUUCUGACCGUGACGGGGAAGAAGGCGCCGUGCUGCGUUCUCUCCAACCCCGACCAGAAGGGCAAGAUGAGGCGGAUCGACUGCCUGCGGCAGGCCGACAAGGUGUGGCGGCUGGACCUGGUCAUGGUGAUUUUAUUCAAAGGGAUUCCCCUGGAGAGCACGGACGGCGAGCGGCUGGUCAAGUCGCCGCAGUGCUCCAACCCCAGUCUGUGCGUGCAGCCGCACCACAUCGGCGUGUCCGUCAAGGAGCUCGACCUCUACCUGGCCUACUUCGUGCACGCAGAAACCAGCCAAUCAGAAAGCCCCAAUCAGGCCAGCGAAUCAGACAUCAAGGAGCAGCCAGAGAACGGUCACCUGGGAUUCCAGGACAGCUUCGUCACACCUGGAGUUUUCACCGUGGCCGAGCUCGUUCGGGUCUCUCAGACUCCCAUUGCAGCCGGAACCGGCCCAAACUUUUCCCUGGCGGACCUGGACAGCUCAUCUUACUACAGCAUGAGUCCAGGAGCCAUGAGGAGACCGCUACCCAGCACCUCAUCCUCCAGCUCGGCUAAGAGGAUAAAGUGCAUGGAGGAGGACGUGGACAGUCCGGGCGAGGAGUCCUACUACCCGGGCCAGGGCCGCUCUCCGGGCAGCGGCAGCCAGGCCAGCAGCUGGCACGACGUGGAGCCAGCUGGAUAUAAGCUGCGUGGCUCUCUAGCUAGCUCAUUCAUCUCUCGACAAGCGAGCCCCCACGCCCCCCCCUCCAGCCUCCACUUCUCCUCCUCCCCCAUCCUGCAGCAGCCCGGCUCCUACUUCUCCCACCCGGCCAUCCGGUACCACCCGCAGGAGACGCUCAAAGAGUUCGUCCAGCUGGUGUGCCCUGACUCCGCCCAGCAGGCCGGACAGGUGGGCCUCCUCAACCCCAACAGCAGCUCCCAGGGGAAAGUCCACAACCCCUUCCUGCCGACGCCCAUGCUGCCUCCCCCGCCACCUCCCCCGAUGGCCCGGCCCGUCCCGCUGCCCGUCGACGCCAAGCCGCCCUCCACCUCCUCCACGGAGGGGGGAGGCAACUCCCCCUCCUCCCCCACGUACUCCACCCCCUCCACAUCUCCGGCCCAACGGUUCGUCAGCGUCGGGCCCCGGGACCCCGGCUUCAACCUCCCUCAGCAACCUCAGUGGUACCUGGGAUAAGGACUCCUGAGUUGCCCCCACCCUCCUCUACAGUAAACUACUGCAGUCUCCUCCUCCACCUCGGACACCAGCUGUGACAGAAAGCCCAUCUCACCUGUCCCUGGUCAACCCUUUGCAAGUCCUGCAGAUCCUGGCUCCACCGUCAAACGACUCGGCAUCAGCAUGGCUAAAGCGGAUCAAACGCACCCUCUCUGAGAAUUAUUUGUCCCAGAAUUCCUUGCAGGCGCUUGGUUCAUGUAUCUGUAGUGCUGGAUCUGAGCCUCGAUCAUUUUUCCCUGAAUCCCAGAUCUAAGGGGGAAGGAGGAACGGCCCGCCGGGUUCUGGGAAAGUGAUCAGACUGAAUCACAGAAAUCCCUCUUUGGAGGAACUACCUAUCAAAUCACUUUUUGCUGUGUGAACUUUCAUUGUUUUGAAGCUCCCCAUGUAGCCCCCCCCACCCCCACCCCCCCACCACCACCACCUAGUGGAUACCUGCAGCCUGGGACUGGUGGGAAGGUGUUGAAGGAGGGGCUGGGGUGUCCCUGGCUCAGAGGCACCAGCUGAAGCAUCCCUCCUGAGGGGGACGCCGCCUCUCCAGCUCUCUCUGAGGACAUGGACCACUUUGACGGGACGAGCUCAGAGAUGCUGCGGCAUGAACUAAACACGGGGUCUCAGGCGGGUGGGUGAUGAAGGCCCAUAGCCAGCUGGGUUUGUUGCUAUGUUUCACCAAGCGCUUGUUUCUCUGGAGGCUUCGGCUUCAUGGCUCAUUGGUUUUGCUCUUUUAGCCACCAUUUCCUCUUCCUCCUCCAUCCAUCCACCUGUCUGGGUGACGGUGCUGCGUACGCAGGGUGGGCCAAACCUUCAGGGUCUGAGGUCAAGCAGGCAGUGAGGAGAGAGCCAUGUCUCUCAAACCUAACAGUGAAAUCAAGAGGAAAAGUGCAAUUUUGUUGACUAGCUGUGGGAUUAUUAAAUAUCGUAUAUCUAAAUGUAUAUUUUUCUUCUAGUCCACUCACACCUCUGGGACUCUAAAAUACUGGGGUAGCAAAGCAAACAGCCCGCAGCCUUGGGUUAACCCGAAAUCCUGACCCGUUGACAAAUAAGGGAGCCACGUUCACUUUGAUCGUUGUUUUGUUCUUUGUUCCUCUGUUAGUUUGAUAUGAGAACCCCUUAAAGAGAUAACUGUUUUUUAAGCAUCUCGUGCAGCUAAGGACUGAUUUUUACUCAGUUAUUAAAAAAAAACGCCAAGCGAUUAAUUUAUUUUACUGAGCACUUCAUUCUGCUUCAGGAAAAACAAACGUCUCAUGAAGCGAAAUCAGAAGAAUUUAGACUUGAAACAAAUCAAUUAGGCAAGAUAAUCUGCCCGGUAACGGCUCACGAUUUGAUUGGCGGGGUCUUCCAGGGGCCCCGUCCAAUCACAAGCACUUGGUCCUGCAGCCAGCCAAUAGGCUGUGAGUGUGUAAUCGGAGGGUGUGGCUUGUUAAUGAAAGACCUUAACUCAGCUCUUCUUCAGUUCGUUUUUUCUUUCUUAUUCUAUAAAUAUCUAUAAACACACAAACAGACACAUUAAAAAAACACGAGUUUAAAUGAAAAAGUGUUUAAAAAGAGUAAAAAAAAAAUCUGCAUGUGUUCGUGUUAGUAACAGUCUUUUCCAUAGAUGAUGUAGUUAGAAACAGACAAUAUAUUGUAAACAUUCACAACAUCAGGUGCUUCCCAGCAGCCGUCGCUUAGUUUGGUCCCGUCCAGUCCAGUCUGGUCCGGUUUAAUCCGGUUCCACCCAUUCUGGUCUUAUCCAGUCUGGUCCCGUCCAUUCCGGUCUCAUCUGGUCCGGUCUCAUCCGGUCCAUUCCGGUCUCAUCCGGUCCAUUCAGGUCUCAUCCGGUCCAUUCAGGUCUCCUCUGGUCCGGUCUUAUCCGGUCCAUUCCGGUCUUAUCUAGUCCGGUCCCGUCCAUUCCGGUCUCAUCUGGUCCGGUCUCAUCCGGUCCAUUCCGGUCUCAUCCGGUCCAUUCCGGUCUUAUCCGGUCCAUUCCGGUCUUAUCCGGUCCAUUCCGGUCUUAUCCAGUCCGGUCCCGUCCAUUCCGGUCUCAUCUGGUCCGGUCUCAUCCGGUCCAUUCGGGUCUCAUCCGGUCCAUUCCGGUCUCCUCUGGUCCGGUCUUAUCCGGUCCAUUCCGGUCUUAUCCAGUCCGGUCCCGUCCAUUCCGGUCUCAUCUGGUCCGGUCUCAUCCGGUCCAUUCCGGUCUUAUCCGGUCCAUUCCGGUCUCAUGCGGUCCAUUCUGGUCUCAUCUGGUCCAUUCCGGUCCGGUCUCAUCCAGUUGAUGUGGCCUGUGCCUCAGUUGAAAGCAGACUUGAUGAGAUCUGAAUUGGAGGGAUUUUUUUUUACCUUUCUUCUUCUUGUGUGAAUUUUCCUCCUGAUCCGAGAUGUUGAGGCGGGCCAGAGGAACCCUGUGGAGACGGAGUUUGAAGGGUCAGCAGAGGUUCUGGUCCAGUUGGCAAGGUUCAGUCAAAUGAGCAGCGAAGGUGAGGAAGAUACAGAGGAACGUAGUUAUGGUGACGGCUUUAGAUCAUUGGUGCUGCCAGUGGGUGGCGCUGCAGGCGAAUUCUCUUUAUUUAGGAGCAAGUUGUCUAAGUUGAGUGAAAGCAGCUCCUGUCUGAGGAUCAGAAGUUAACAUCUUUCAGUCUUUGUGUCGUCUGCUCUGUUUCUGUUGGAAACGUUCAUCCAAAGCGGUCCAGGUCCAAACCAGAGCCGGUUCCUCCUGGAGAUGUUUGAACCUCUGAUCCAGACGCCGUGUGGAGGAUUACGGAGCAGCGAGAAGUCCUUCCCAUCACCCCUGCUUCAGCCUCGGUCCAAAAUUAUUCAUACCCGUGAUACGUUUGAAUUUAUUUCUCUCCUGUAGGUAAUAUUUUAGAAACAUAACUACAUUAGAAUAAAAACUACUGAUCCUCAUCUCAGGUGUCGAUGGAAACAGCAUCAGAACAAUCAGAACUGAGAAUGAAGGUGUUCUGCUCAUCUGACUGACCUUUGACCCUCCUGGUGGAUUAGUUCACGCUCUUCCCGUUCUUCUUCUUUCCAGUGACUGACAUCUGCUGCUGGAAAACGUUCCAUGUUUUCCUGUUUCCUUCCCCCUGAUUGUUCUCAGUUCCCACAUCUGAGUGAUGACGGUGUAAAAUAUGCAAUGUCUGCUUGCACUCACAGAUGAAUUCUGUCCUUUUUAUGGUUACUUUUCCUCUUUCUAAUCCAAAGUCAGAGCAAACGGGCCUGCUGUGGUUCUGGCCCACUCAACCACCAGACUUCCUCGGGUUCUUGUUUUGUAUUAAGCCCGCCCCAAACAAGCCCUCCUCCUCCUCCUCCAUCCCGGCGAAGAUCGCUUAGCUCUCCAGUAGAAGAAGAAGAAGCUCAGUCCGGUUCCGUCCGGUUCCGUCGCGUACGCCGCGGUGAUGGUUGAGUUGUUCCACUUGGGUCGGUGCAGUUCUCCUGUAUUCCUGCCUUCCCUUUAGCCCAGAGUUUGGCAUUAAUUAUCUGCACUAAAUAUAUAUAAUUAAUAAAAAAACAGCUUCUAGGUCUUUAAACAAUCGAAGGGAAAAAAAUCUAAACGUUGCACGGACAUUUUAUAAAGUGUCAAAAAAAAUCAGCCUAGCAUUAAUCCGAUUUUUGGGCUGAGUGUACGAUACGAACUAAAUUUGCACCGUUUUUAAAGAAACAAAAGUGAGCGUGAAAGCAAUAGUUUGGGCAGCGUCUUCCGUUCCUGUUUGUCUGUUGAUUUAGUUUGUUCUGCAGCAAAGGAGGAUGGAGCGCCUCCUACUGGCCAGAGGGCAGUGCCGCAGGGCCUGACUGAGAGACAUCUCUCUGCUCUAUGGUUUUAUUGAUUAUACUGAUUUAAAGCUGCCCUAUUUUAUAAUGCAGGACUUUUGUAACAAUGACUAAAUGAGGAAACUCUCGUGUUGUGAAUUUUCUGACUGUUUGUAUGGAGGCCACGUUAUUAGAACGGGUUUGGUUUUCUUUCUGGAAACUGGAUUUAAGUUGAAAACUUUCCUGUUUCCUUCUCUAUCUUGUUUUCCUUUUUUAUGUAUUUAUGGACUUUUCCUCUGUUAAAUUAGCAUAUUCCUGCUCUUCUAAAGUCCAGGGUGCUGUGGUGAUCCGACCAUUGUAAAUGGGUGUUACAGUAUGCCGUAUGUUCAGUGUUGAUUAAGCUAAAUUUAGUCAUUCUGAGGAGAAAAAUGACUUUUUUAUGCAUUUGAAGGAGUUUAGUUUUUAGGCAGGAGACAAUGACAUAGCCAGCCAAACGAUGCCCCGACUAUAAAUGCAUCCAGGCAUCUUUUUUUGUGUUCACCAUUCCAUGCAGAAAAAUAAACAGCUUGAUUAUGCAACAUGA